AUGACUCGCGCUGGAUUUAAGGGUAAGGUGCUCGGUAAGGAAAAGAAACUUGCGCUGCUUGAGGCCCGAAAGAAGGCGGCUGAAGCUCGCAAGUCACGCGAUGACCGCCGUUGGAAGCGCGUGUUGGCGAAAAUGGACCCCGAGAAACGCAAAAAGUACCACGGCGUGGGAAAUACGGCUGAACACUCUCGUGUCCGCGGUUGCACACGCGCAUCACUUUUCAAGAGAACUGGUCGCAAACCCGAUAACAUCGUAAUGGAAGCGUCCAUUCAUCUCUCAAAGCUUCUGAAGAAGAGGACAUUCCACAAACGCGCACCCAUCGCUAUUAAACGCAUUCGCUCAUUUGUGGGUAAACUGAUGAAGACGAAGGACAACCGCAUUGAUGCAUCCCUGAACACCUUCAUUUGGCAUAAGGGCGUGAAGGGUGUUCCUGGCCGAGUUCGUGUACGUGUGGAGCGCAAAUCCGAGACGAUGGAAGGCGGCAAACGCAAGCACUUCUACACAGUCAUCUCUCACAUCCCAGUUCCUAGCUUCAAGAACCUGACAACUAAGGUGAUUGAGCAGUAA